CCUCUUUCCGUCCUUCCGGUGCCCCCGCCGCCCCGCUCCCUCCCGGUGCUAACACCGUCGGGCUUGGCUGUGGGAGCGUAAUGGCGGUGCACCGGGGACCCUCUACGAAAUGGCUCUUCACCCGGGAGCAGCUGGAAAACACCCCGUCCCGGCGCUGCGGAAUCGAGGCUGACCGGGAGCUCUCCUACCGGCAGCAGGCUGCUAACUUAAUCCAAGAUAUAGGCCAGAGACUCAACGUGUCUCAACUAAUAAUCAACACUGCUAUAGUAUAUAUGCACAGGUUUUAUAUGAUCCACUCUUUCUCCAAAUUCCAUAGAAAUAUCAUUUCUCAGACCACGUUGUUCCUGGCAGCUAAAGUUGAGGAGCAGCCCAGGAAGCUGGAGCAUGUCAUUAAAAUAGCCCAUGCCUGCAUUAACCCACAAGAGCCUGCUCUAGACACUAAAAGCAACGCAUUCCAGCAGCAGGCACAAGAGCUGGUAGCACUGGAAACAAUAGUGCUGCAAACGCUGGGUUUUGAAAUAACAGUUGAUCAUCCACACACAGAUGUUGUGAGAUGUUCCCAGCUAGUGCGAGCAAGCAAGGAUUUGGCACAGACUUCCUAUUUCAUGGCUACCAACAGGUUAUUAUCCUGUUCCCAUUAUUGCACUGUAAUGGCACACUAUAGCUUCCUGUCCUGCAGGGUCCCCCUUCCUGUGUCCAACGCCCUGUUUGCACUUGGAUCCUGGGAACCCCCGACACGGGGAAGUACCGGCCAGGCUGCUGUGUGCGGUGUAUUGUACAAGGGCUCUGUGUUGGCACAAAGGGGUUGAAUGCACAAUGUGGAGUGUAGUGGUGCUGUUUACCUCUCGAGGUUGUUUGGUACGGAGUGCACAUGUCUAAAAAAACGCAAACGGUAGCCUGAAUAUAGAUUGCCACUAAAGAUUCUUAAACUUAUAGAGUUUCUUGGUAAGUAUAGUUCAGUUCUUUUUUUAAUUUUUAAUAUUUUUUUGCACAUUUUUCAUCCUAAAAGGAGCUAACAGUGAAACACCAAACUAUACUGCAAACUGACACUUUCUGUGAGGAGUUUGUAACAUUACACAAAUAGAACGGAACUGAAAAAAUCUUGUUUAUCUUCAGCUCAGACAGGAUAUAUUAUGGUUUGAGGAAGAUUUUCUAUUCACCGAGCUUCUGAUUUUAGGACCGUGUUGAUUUUACUUGUAGUUUGAUUUGUCAGUCUGUGAAGAUGACGAUCCCGGCAGAUUGAAGCGUGUUCAGUUAUUUUUCUGCACAAAAGGCCAAGUAUAUAUAUAUAUAUAUAUAUAUAUAUAUA